UGGCUGCGGCAGCUGCAGCGGAUCCAGGAGCUGGAGCAGCAGCUCUCGCAGGAGCGGCGGCUGCUGGGGCAGCUCCAGGCUCAGCUCGUGCCGAGGGGACCCCCCCCAGCGAACCCCCCAGGGAAGGACGGGGGAUCCCCCCCCGCCCCAAUUUGGGGCCCCCCCCGCUGUGGAGCUGCCGCCCCCCCACUUUGGGAGCUGGAGUUUUACCGGCUGAGCACGGCCCGGCCCCCCCUGACCUACGCGGCGCUGAUCCGCUGGGCCAUCCUGGAGUCUCCGCAGCGCCAGCGGCCCCUGGCCGAGAUCUACCUGUGGUUCAGCCGCAUGUUCGGCUACUUCCGACACAACUCGGCCACCUGGAAGAACGCCGUCAGACACAACCUGAGCCUCCACAAAUGCUUUGUGAGGGUGGAAAACACUCGAGGAGCCGUUUGGACCGUGGACGAGGCCGAGUUUCGGCGUAGGAGGGGUCAGAGGUACCUCAGGGGCUGCGAGAUGAAGUGUUUGCUGUCGGCUUGGAGGUGAAGAGGAGCCCCCACCCCCCCCAAAGCCACACUGGGGGGGUCCCAGAGA